GAGAAUGAGAAGAAGAUGAAAGACAACGCAGCUGAAAGAGAGCCUAGCGUUGCGCAUGGUGCAGGAUCGUCAGUUGGCAGCCCAACAACGACAUCUUCAACGACUGUUGGCGCGGAUAAUGCCGGAAUUUCUUCUCCACUUCCUCUUUCUUUAAAGGUGGAAGGUGGUGUCGAUACCAAUGUCCACAGCCCAGCAGGUGGUGAUGGCCACCAGCCGCAUUCCGAUGACGUUCGCACUGAAGAAGAGCAAAGGAAUCACUCAGAGGCGGAGGGAUCGAAUCAACACAGCGUGGGCGUGCAAGGCAAAACGAUCCACAACAAAGACGAAAAAACACCACAAACAGGACUGAAGUCGACCGAAGCACGGGAGGGCGCGGACGGAGCACCAGCAACAUCACAAGAUCAAACAAAUACGACUGAAUCACACGAGGAUAAAUCCCGGAGAGUGGCAGCACCCGACACAACUCCCGCACUGAAUACAUCAUCAGGCAGCAACCAGGAGCAAAAAUCCCAGUCUUCAUCUCCCAGUGGCAGUGAAACCACCGGCAGCUCUGAUAACAAGGGUACAGAAAAAAACUCCCAAAAUGCACAAAUAUCCGAUGCCCAACUGAAGGAUGAAGAGCAGCACCAUGAGAGUACAGCUGGGAAUGAAGAAGGAACAACAGUUGAAUCUGCCGCUGUGCAAAGUAAUACGACGAAACCUGCCGACAGUGACAGCAGCACCGCGGUCUCCCACACCACCUCCCCUCUUUUGCUUCUUAUUGUUGUUGCGUGUGCGGCUGCGGCUGUGGUGGCCGCGUGA